AUGCCCUCGCGCAGCGAUUCCAGCUACUCCCUGACCGCUCGCACCUCGCACAGCUUCACUCACCUGCGUGUCCGGCGUGCCUGGCUACAGGUCAUCCUUCUCCUGGGAUUCAUCCAGAUGGUCCUUGGCGUUCUCAUCGUCACUUUCAGCCUCCUAGUGACCACCAUUAUGCCGGUACACAGCAUUCGGAAUUCGUGUCCCAUCUGGGCGGGCUUUCCGCUGGCGCUCUCUGGCCUGGUUGGCAUCGUUUCCUGGAGGCGCCCGUUCACCCCUGUGAUUACCUUCUUCACGCUUCUAUCGGUGCUGGGCAUCAUGCUUAGCCUUGCCGGCUCCGUCCUCUCCUGUCAAAAUGCCCAGCUGGUCAGAUCCCUGGAGCCUUCCUGUCAACUGGACCUGCUCUUCAGUGUUUGUGGCCUGACCGUUUUCUCCAUCUUGGUGUGUGCCCUUUCAGCCCUCAUGUGCUGCAUCCAGAUCUUCUCUUUUGACAUCCUCCAUGCUCUCUCCCCUCCACGCUCCAGCUCGGUGACCUUGGACUGCACCUCUCCCCCGGAUACUUUCCUCCAGAAUAUGCUGGACCUAGAAGAAUUUGUACCCCCGGUACCGCCACCGCCAUACUACCCUCCAGAGUACACCUGUAGCUCAGAGACAGAUGCGCAAAGCAUAACUUACAACGGCUCCAUGGACAGUCCUGUGCCGCUGUACCCCACGGACUUCCCCCCAAGUUAUGAGGCUGUUAUGGGACUCCAUGGGGACAGCCAGGUGACGCUGUUCGAUUCACAGUUCACAGACACCUCACAUGGCCCUUGCACCUGUAACCAAAUUCCUUCCGUUGUACUUAGUGGUGAAGCUGUUUCCAUGGACAGCGGCUCCUUGGUUAUGUCAGAAAUCGUAGAUAUCCCUGGCGACAGCAGCCCUUCGGAGGACUCGUGCCUGCUAGAGACGGGCGGGUCCGUGCGCUCGGUGGACUAUGUACUCUUCCGCUCCAUUCAGCGCAGCCGGGCUGACUACUGUCUGAGCGUGGACUGUGGCCAAUGUGGCCUGCAUCCUCAGAGCCCCACCCUGCAGGGCCCUUUUGAGGAGAUGCCACAGCCGCGUCUCCGUGGAGAACGCUCCUACUCCUGCUCGACGCCCAGCACAGGCUACGAGGGCUUGAUCGAGGUGGGCAGUACCCUGACCCACAGCUGCCACCGCCUGGAAGGCCUAGGCCACAGUGUGGGACCCUGUUUCCCUGAGGUGCGGGUCAAGGCCAAGAGCUCACUACCAGGACGCAAAGGCCCUGGGCGGCAGCAACGCCGGAGCAGCGAGGCUUCCUGCCGGCUCCCUCCGGCCUGUUGUCCUUUGCUGCGAUCCCACAGUGACCCCGGAAUUACCUCAGCCGGUGAAAUAGGUGAUUUCCAGGAGGUAUUCUGCACCAAAGCUUUGGAGGACGACACAUCGAAUUCCUCUGAUACAGGGCCAAGCUUGGAGGCUUGCCUUCUGCAUCCUUUGGGUCGUGAGCCACCCUCGCUCUCACGGGGCCACCUGGUGGGCAAGGCAAAGCUGGAAGUGCCAUGGAAAGUUAUGCAACACCUGCCCAAGACAGCCACCCGUUCCCUGGGGGACCUAAAGGUGUGCCGUGGGACCCGGGGUCUCAUGGCCCGCUUUCUGCACAGGUCCAAGCGUAACUUGGCUUCAUCGGGAGUGGAAACGAUCGGGCACGGCCCCCAGGGCCACAAGCAGGUACCAAGGUUGGGGACCGAGCGGUGCUCCCCGGAGGGGAUCCACCUUCAGAGCUGCGGGGACCUAAGCUCUACCUCAUCCUUGCGCCGCUUGCUAUCGGCCCGCCGGUUGGAGCGCAGGCGUCCCCACAGCCUCAGUGGACUCAUCAGAGAGAGCAACCUAUAAGAGCCACUGAACGAGCUUGUUC